UCCGUGCUGGGCGCGCGAGGGAGGGAAAGAAGCCGCCCCCCUCUCCCAACGCACCAAUGGGCGCGCCCGGCUCUCCCCUGAGGCGCGGCGGUUCGCCUUCCAUCUCCGCGGAGGUUGAGGCUGUUCUCGGCGGGGCCGCGAGGAUGAGGGCGGCGGCCGCGGGAUGAGCUCGCCAGGCGGCCCUCCUCCUCCUCCUCCUCCGCCGCCGCCUCCCCUCCCGCUGCGACGAUGGCGUGAAGCCGCGGGCGAGCUGGCCAUGGUGCUCCGGAGCGCGCUGGGCCCCGGCGCCGCCCGGCUCCUCUUCUACCCGACGCUGCUCUACACGCUGGCCAGGGAGCGUGUGCCCGGCUCGCGGAGGCCCUGGUUCAGCCGCAUCGACCACGCCGUCCUCCUCGGCGCCCUGCCCCUCAGGGGACGCUGCCGGCAGCUGGUAGACAAAGAAAAUGUUCGGGGAGUGGUCACCAUGAAUGAAGAGUACGAGACUCGCUUCCUGUGUUGCUCUCCCCAGGAAUGGGAGGCGAUGGGAGUAGAACAGCUGCGCCUUAGUACCGUGGACCUAACUGGAGUCCCCUCGAUGGAGAACCUUCACAAAGGUGUUGAGUUUCUACUGAAGCAUCGUGAACGUGGGAAUAGUGUUUAUGUGCACUGCAAAGCUGGCCGCUUUCGUAGCGCCACUAUGGUGGCUGCUUACUUAAUUCAACUUCACCAGUGGACCCCUCGAGAAGCAAUAGAAGCCAUUGCUAAGAUCCGUCCUCAUAUCAUUGUCCGCAAUAAACAAGUUCAGUUGCUAGAGGACUUUCAUAAGUGUGUAACAGUUGGAAGUCCUUCACAAUCGGAGCAAGAACUACACAAAGGAGAACAGAAAUCAUCAGAACAGAUGGAGAAUAAUCGUCUGAAAACACCUGGUUCCUAAGAUGUUAUUUAGAAAUGGACUACAGUUGCCUCAGGUACCAAACAGUAAGCUUUCUGCAGCAUUAGAAUAAAAAAACUACAGCCCCGAGCUUUGACACCAUA